UCUUGCCACCCCUUAUUAAGUGAAGCGCUGCCCUUCAAGUGAGUCUCGCACUGUCGUUAAGCGGAUCCGGCUUCCCCCGUUGACUUGGCUUGUCAGAAGGCCGCAAAAGGGAGAGCGUGUAACCCAGCGACCGUCGUAAAUGCGAAGCCAUCGCCAAGUGCCCAAAUGUUGAUCGUGUGGCCAUAGCCAUCCCGCAAACCGUCAUUAAGCGUGAAAAACAGCCCCAAGUCACUUUUUUCUCAGCGACUUUCCCUUGUAACUCCGGCCCCUAAAUGAACGGUUGUAAGUUGAUGACCACCCGUGCCGAGAAGCUGGGGAGAGGAGGGUGCAGGCUGGGAGCAGCCCCCACUGCCGCUAGGGACCCCAGGUCCAGCCUGCAGGUGCCCUUGGGGGCCAAGCAGUGUUAGAGACGUAUCUUGGGGAAAACCAGCGUGAUUUAUUUUGGUCUCUCCGUCUUGAUAUAAUUUUUUCCGUUUCUGAGAUAAGCCAUCGGUCGCUUGCCGGUUAAAAAUAGCUCUGGGAAUAAAAAAAAGGUCAUAAAUGAAUUAUCAGCCGGGCGGGGCUCAGGUGGCGCUGCCGGUGCCACCCUGACUCCAGGGCAGUGGCCUAAAUCACGCAACGCUUCUGUCAAAAACAACCAACCUUCCGGUGAUGGGUCUCUGCCAAUGCUUGGCUCACAGAAGCCACCUGCAGGAUGGGUCUGGUGGAAGGAAGGGCAGCCAGCAAACCCUCUGGCUUGUUUUGCUCCCCCAUCUGGCAUUGCCCAUUGGUGUCCUUUCCACUUUUGUAGGCUCCUUGGGGGUUUCAUAACACCCCCCCGCACGCACACCCAGCCGGAGGGAAAGAAUCACAGCUGAGUUUUAAGCUCUCCACCGUCGCUUGGGCUGUCGGGGGGUCUCAGCGGGGCGUUGAGGAAGGACGUCUUAGCCGGCCAGAGAGCCGCCCCAAGACAGGAGGAUGGCCGCCGAGAUGCUGAACUUCGGGCCGGAAUGGCUUCGCGCACUCUCCAGUGGGGGCAGCGUGGCUUCCCCGCCAUCCUCCCCUGCCAUGCCAAAGUACAAACUAGCCGAGUACCGAUACGGGCGGGAAGAGAUGCUAGCACUUUACGUCAAAGACAAUAAGGUCCCUGACGAAAUCCAAGACCGUGAAUUCUCCGCCAUCCUGGAGGAGGAGCCUCUGCAGCCCCUGGCGUUGGUCCCGUUGACCGAAGAAGAGCAGCGGAACUUCUCCAUGUCCGUCAACAGCGUGGCCGUGCUGAGGCUGAUGGGAAAGGGGGCCGGGGUGGCCCCCGCGGGGGUCUCCCGUGGGAGAGGUAGCACGCGGAGCCGAGCAGGCCGCGGGCGAGGCGAGAGCGGUUUUUACCAAAGAAGCAUCGAGGAGGCGGAAGGCGCAGCCUUUGGCCGAGGAGGGGUCCGCGAAAUCCACCGCAGCCAGAGUUGGGAUGACCGAGGGGAUCGGCGGUUUGAGAAGCCCAUCCGGCGGGAAGGAGAUGGAGGGCCUCGUUCGGCUGGCUGGCGGGAGCACGGCGGGGACGGGCGGCGGCGGAAGUUUGACUUCGACUUCCGAGAGCGUGAGGAGGAGCCGCGGGGGGGACGUCGCCAUCGGCAGAGCAGUGACAGCUUUGAGGAGGAGAAGGACGGGCUGCCCGAGUGGUGCCUGGAGGAUGAGGAAGAGGAGAUGGGCACCUUUGACUCCUCAGGGGCAUUCAUGUCCCUCAAGAUGCUCACCAAAUGGUGCUGA